AUGUCUCGUCGAAAGCAAGCGAAACCCCAGCAUCUCAAAUCGGACGAAGAGCUGCAAGCAGAGGUAGUUUCUGAGCACGCAGUCCCGGGAGAAGGAGCAGAUGACGGUGAUAGCGGGAACGAGAGCAGGAGCGGAAGCGAAGAAACCAACGUCUGUGAGAAAUGCUGCGCCGAGUUCUUCAAGUGGACAGACUUCCUGGAGCACAAGAAGAGCUGCACUAAAAAUCCCCUGGUGCUGAUUGUCAACGAAGAUGAGCCAGCCCCACCCCCUGCUGAGGAAUUCCCCGAGCCCUCGCCCGCGAGCUCUCCCAGUGACCAGGCAGAGAGUGAAGCUGCUGAAGAAGGCGUCCAGGCAGAAAACAAUGACAGCUCUGAGGUAAAAAACACGGAAAAGGAAGAAGAGCCAAUGGAGGUAGAAACUUCUGCGGAGAAAGGUUUCCAGAAUCAAGGCACCUCAAACACAGCUACUCCUCUACCUCAGAUCCCUGAACCAUCUUCCAUGACAAGCUAUAACAUGCCAAACACCAAUGUCACGCUAGAGACUCUGCUGAGCACUAAAGUGGCAGUCGCACAGUUCUCGCAGAGCGCACGGGCCACUGCUUCCGCGAGCAUCAGCAGCGGGGUGACGGCUGUGGCCAUCCCCAUGAUUCUGGAGCAGCUCAUGGCCCUGCAGCAGCAGCAGAUUCACCAGCUCCAGCUGAUCGAGCAGAUCCGCAGUCAGGUGGCAAUGAUGAACCGCCAGCCCCUGCGACCGUCCCUCAACCAGAUCGUGGCUGCCCAGGGUGGUCCCGGGCAGGCCUCCAACCAGCUGCAGGGCUUUGCCACCAGCGCUGCCGUCCAGCUCACUGCAGUCAUUCCUUCUGCCAUUGUGGGGCAGGCCACCAGUGGUCAGCCCACUGCCUUCGACGGCUCUCAGCACAUCUCGAGACCUACAUCUGGAGCAAGUACACCCAAUAUAUCCGGUGGUGGCUCUUCUGCCCUGCCUGAAUCAGGUGUACCUUCCUCCUCAAACGCAAUUACGUCCAUAACUCCUGUUUCUGUGUCAAAUGCUCCUAAUAGUGCUUCGCAGCCCCAGAAUGCUUCGACUCCACCUUCAAUAGGACAUGGAAGCCUCACCUCAGUAUCCAGCCUGCCAAACCCACUUCUACCUCAGACUUCAUCAAAUAGCGUGAUCUUCCCCAAUCCGCUGGUUAGCAUCGCUGCAACUGCUAACGCGCUCGAUCCUCUGUCCGCCCUCAUGAAGCACCGCAAAGGAAAGCCACCAAAUGUGUCAGUGUUUGAACCCAAGUCAAGCUCUGAGGAUCCCUUUUUUAAACAUAAAUGCCGAUUUUGUGCCAAGGUCUUUGGAAGUGACAGUGCUUUACAAAUUCACCUCCGCUCGCAUACAGGCGAAAGACCUUUUAAGUGCAACAUAUGUGGAAACCGCUUUUCCACAAAGGGCAACCUGAAAGUUCAUUUUCAGAGGCAUAAAGAGAAAUACCCUCAUAUUCAGAUGAACCCUUAUCCUGUUCCAGAAUACCUCGAUAAUGUGCCCACCUGCUCUGGAAUCCCGUAUGGAAUGUCGCUGCCCCCUGAGAAGCCGGUCACAACAUGGUUAGACAGUAAACCUGUUUUACCAACCGUCCCAACUUCCAUCGGGCUUCAGCUGCCCCCCACUAUACCCGGUGUGAACAGUUAUGGAGACUCUCCAAGUAUCACUCCUAUGAGCAGGUCACCUCAGAGGCCUUCUCCUGCCUCCAGUGAAUGCACUUCUCUAUCCCCAAGCCUCAACACUUCUGAGUCGGGUGUUCCGGCAUCUGCUGAAUCCCCGCAGCCUGUUCAGAGUGGCUCAUCUCUGAUCAAGGCAGAACCUGUCACUCUGCCUCCCACGAGCACACGGCUCGGGGAUCUUUCUGCAGGUGGGCAAGUUUCUGCAGCUUCCACGUCUUCAAUUCCUACGGUGGUUACAGACAGCAGUGUUGCAACAAGCCUCCCAAACCCUGUGCUUCCAGCAGUGUCUGACCAGUUUAAGGCAAAGUUUCCAUUUGGUGGUCUGCUAGACUCUAUGCAAACAUCAGAAACCUCAAAACUACAACAGCUAGUGGAGAACAUUGAUAAGAAGAUGACAGAUCCAAAUCAAUGCGUCAUUUGUCACCGCGUGCUUAGUUGUCAGAGCGCUCUCAAGAUGCAUUACAGAACACAUACAGGAGAAAGACCAUUUAAAUGCAAAAUUUGUGGACGUGCCUUUACUACAAAAGGCAAUCUAAAAACACAUUUUGGAGUUCAUCGAGCAAAGCCACCACUUAGAGUACAGCACUCGUGUCCCAUUUGUCAGAAGAAAUUUACAAACGCUGUUGUUCUUCAGCAACACAUUCGUAUGCAUAUGGGUGGGCAAAUUCCAAACACACCACUACCAGAGGGCUUCCAGGAUGCCAUGGACUCAGAGCUUUCCUAUGACGAGAAGAAUGUGGACACUCUGAGCAACUUUGAUGAUGACAUUGAUGAAAAUUCUAUGGAAGAGGACCCGGAACUAAAGGAUACGGCAAGUGAUUCAUCCAAACCCCUUAUCUCUUACUCUGGGUCAUGUCCUUCUUCACCACCUUCUGUGAUCUCCAGUAUUGCUGCUUUGGAGAAUCAAAUGAAAAUGAUUGAUUCUGUCAUGAACUGUCAGCAGCUGACCAGUUUAAAAUCCAUAGAAAAUGGAUCAGGGGAAAGUGACCAUUUGAGCAAUGACUCCUCAUCAGCCGUCGGUGAUCUUGAAAGCCAGAGUGCAGGCAGCCCUGCAAUGUCAGAGUCUUCUUCCUCCAUGCAAGCUUUGUCUCCUGUGAAUAGCAAUAGUGAAAGUUUCAGAUCAAAGUCCCCUGGUCUCAGUAACCAGGAAGAGCCACAAGAAAUACAAUUAAAGACAGAAAAACCAGACAGUCCGCCACCCACAACUGAAAAUGGAGGCGCAUUAGAUCUGACAUCCACCAACCCAGGAAGACCGGUCAUCAAAGAGGAGGCUCCUUUUAGUCUGCUGUUCCUGAACAGAGAACGUGGUAAGUUUAAAAGUACUGUUUGUAAUAUCUGUGGCAAGCCUUUUGCUUGUAAGAGUGCAUUGGAAAUUCACUACCGCAGCCAUACUAAAGAACGUCCAUUUGUUUGUACAGUCUGCAGUCGUGGGUGUUCCACUAUGGGUAAUUUAAAACAGCACUUACUGACGCACAAAUUAAAAGAGCUGCCUUCUCAGUUAUUUGAACCCAACUUUACUCUAGGUCCCAGCCAAAGUACUCCUAGCCUGGUCACCAGUACAGCACCUACCAUGAUCAAAAUGGAAGUGAAUGGUCACAGCAAGCCGAUCUCUUUGGGUGAGGUUCCCUCGCUUCCAGCUGGAAUCCAGGUUCCUGCUGCACCACAGACAGUGAUGAGUCCGGGGAUCACCCCUAUGCUGGCACCCCCCCCUCGCCGGACUCCCAAGCAGCACAACUGUCAGUCGUGCGGGAAGACCUUCUCCUCAGCAAGUGCACUGCAGAUACACGAGCGCACCCAUACCGGUGAAAAACCGUUUGGUUGCACAAUCUGUGGUAGAGCUUUUACCACAAAGGGGAAUCUUAAGGUUCACAUGGGGACUCACAUGUGGAAUAACGCCCCUGCACGCCGUGGCCGACGCCUCUCCGUGGAAAACCCCAUGGCUUUGCUCGGUGGCGAUGCUCUCAAGUUCUCCGAGAUGUUCCAGAAGGAUUUGGCAGCUCGGGCCAUGAAUGUUGACCCCAAUUUUUGGAACCAAUAUGCUGCAGCUAUCACUAACGGACUUGCUAUGAAGAACAAUGAGAUUUCUGUCAUACAGAACGGAGGCAUUCCUCAGCUCCCAGUAAGUCUAGGCGGAGGCGCCAUCCCGCCUCUAAGUAACCUUACCGGUGGCAUGGACAAAGCUCGCACGGGCAGCAGCCCUCCCAUUGUCAGUCUGGACAAAGCAAGUUCUGAAACGGGAGCCAGUCGUCCAUUCACCAGAUUUAUUGAGGAUAAUAAAGAGAUUGGCAUAAAUUAA